AUGACUGAAGAAGAAUUUAUCAAUAUAACAGCUAUCAUAUAGAAAACAAAUAAUUAAAAAAUCAUUUAAACUCUAAAUCAAUUCAAAAGUACUAUAGAGAAAGUCAAUUCCUCAGAUGGAAACAAAAUAUUCGUUAAGCGAUGUUUGAAUAUUGUUUAUAAUGAUGUGCUUUCAAAAAUUGAUGAAUUGUCAGAUAUGGAAGACAACAGAGGUAACUAAAUAAAAUUGGCUUUUGAACUUGAAAAAAUAAAGAAAGUUACCGAGAUGCUGCCUUAUAUCAAUAAAAAACCAAAAAAUACUAUUUUUAAUGACGAAGAAUAUAUGAAUAUUCCGAAUAUCGAGGUAAUCAAAUUGGAUGAACCUGAGAAUGUCAAAUAGCAAUUAAAAAAUUUUUAUCAAAAAGUAUCUUUGGGACACGCAUACAUAAAUUCUGGGAAAUAAUAUCAAUCUCAAUUCAUGUAAUGUGUAGUUAGAAAUUUGAAGGCUCUUUAUUAUUUGUCAAAUCAAGAGGAAACUAAUUUGGCUGCCACAGAAGUAAUCACUAAUCCAACACUCGAACAUGCUUUGCAAUUGUGGAGAAUUAUAGACGAAUCCAAAAUAGUAAAAGCUGGAUAUAAAUUACAAUUGGAAUAAGUGAAACUGAAGAAAAUAAUCUAUAUUCCAAGACUAUUCAAUCAAAUUACCUUAGAUACUUUACAUCAUUAUAAUACAAAUUCAACUGAUAUUCCUAAAAAUUUACUCUAUUAGGUGGCAUUCAGAACAAUCAGAAAGAAACAGAAUGACUAUGACAUUAGAGUUAGAGUUAUGUGUCAUAAGUAAAUCUUUAAGCAAAAAUUAUCUAAUUAAGAUUUUGUGUAGGUCGUAAGAAAUUUGACAAAAAGUGAAUUUCAAAUACAAAGGACAUAACAUAUACAAUAACUGUAGUAGUCGUCAAACUUUUUUGGGGGGUGUUGUAUUUCAUCAAGAAAUGAGGUCGGAGAAUUGGGAGUACAUACAAUGUAGAAUAUCAUCAUCCAUAUCCAUGGCGGAGGAUUCAUCUCUAUGUCUUCCUUUUCUCAUUAAUCAUACACCAGGAAAUGGGUUAAUCAAUUGGCCAAUACAGUCGUCUUCUCUAUUGAUUAUCGUUUGGCCCCGGAGAACCCAUUUCCAUUGGCUCUUGAUGACUGUUGGCAAUAUUACAUGUGGAUUGUUCAUUUUAGUUCUGCCUAUUUCAAUAUCUCACCUAAAAAUAUCAUCUUGAUUGGAGACUCUGCUGGUGGUAAUUUGGCUUUGGGAAUAGUGAUUAGAGCAAUAGAGACAAAUCAAAGAGUCCCAGAUAAGAUUGUCUUGCAAUACCCUGCUGUUAAUUUGAAUCUUUGUGAUGUAGUGCCUUCUAAUCUCAAAAGUAUGAAUGAUUAAAUGAUACCAAUGGGACUCUUGAUGCUGUGUAGAUAAAGUUAUCUUAGGAAUCAAUCAGAUCUACCAAAUGAUUAUUAUGCAUCUCCUAUUCUAGCUCCCCAGGAAGUCAUAAAACAAUUUCCCAAGGAUUUUGUUAUCUUUGUGGGAUCUGAUGAUGUAUUGUUGGAUAACUCUGUAGAAUUCGUUCAUUAUUGUAAAGAUAAUGGAUUAGAGAAUAUCAAACUAAAAGUAUUUGAAAGUCUUCCUCAUGGAUUCUAGAACAUGGGCAUGAGAAACAAUGGAGUGAAUGCUGCUGAAUCUGCAAAUAGAUAAAUCGUAGAAUAAAUUAGAGAAUUCCUUGUUUGA